AUGGGAGGUUUGGAUCGGUCACGACACCAAGUAAACUCAAAAUGGAAAGACCUCCAAAAGAAAUGCAACGCUUUCAACAGCAUCUAUAACCAUAAGAUGAACAGUGUGGCUAGCGGGAGAUCUGAGGCUGAUCAAGCUUGGGAGUGGUUGAAAGACAACGUGAAAUGGGAAUUGGUUAUAAAAUCUGAUGAAGACUCAUUGUCUCCUUUUUCAAAACGAACCAAAACAUCUUCUUCCAACGCCUACACAUCAUCUUCCGAUCCACAAUAUCCUCCUGGAUUCUCCCCCCAACAACAACAAUCAUUUAGUGUUGAAAACUCACCGCCUCAAAGAAAAAGAAAAGGAAAGAAAGUGGCGUCAACAUCAUCAACAGAAAAUGAAAUGUUUGAUCUCAUCAAACAAAUUGAUGACAUCAAGACUGCAACCGAAACAGAGGCGGAAUAG